UGGAUGCUGCAAUGAAAGGUUAAGAUUUUUUCUGAAAUCUGACAUGCAUAUUUAUGGAUUUAUUGAGAACGUCGCUACGGGGUCCAAAUUAUGAUAUAAAAAAUGCAUUUUUAAUAUUCCACAAAGCAAUUUUAUAUACAUUUUUCUAUGGUACAAUGUUGCCAAAUUUAGCCAAAAGGUAUUGUCAUAUCCAGUAGGGCAUAUUUUAAAUCUGAGUUAGACUAUUACUUAAAUGAAUUUUAAAAGCCAAACUAAUAAAAGAAAACUAAAUAGAUUUAAUUUAUUUUUAUUGACUUAAGUUUUAACAAAUAUCACUUAACUUUUUAAAGCUAGGUUUCAACGAAGAUUUUUAUUUCUUCAAUAUUUUAUCAAUCCAGGUAUGCAACUUAUCCUCAUCUUGAAGUCCAAUCAAUCGCUCUUUAACCUUACCAUCUUGAAAGAUAUAUAAAGCAGGUAUGGUGCUUACCUAAAAUAAUUAAAUUUUCUCCCAAGUCGUCUAUAUCAACUUUAGCCAAACUAAUUUGUCCUUUCUUUUGUGCUAUCACAUUUUGCAAUCUUGGUUCUAGAGCUUUGCAAGGGCCACACCAACUAAAAUGAACAUUUGUCAACCCUGAUACGAGCAUUUACAAAAUGUCAAUGUCACUUUGCGAAAUCAAAACGUUAGCGUGUGAGUAAUGUAAGGUUAAUAAUUUGAUAAAACAUUUUAUUCUUACAAACUACUUCAAAGUAAUGUCAGUGAUACACUUGCAAUUGCAGGUGUAUAAUAAGAAAUUUAUUUGAACAAAAGCGAACUUUUAUACUUAACAAAUAAGUAAAUAUUUUGCCGGGUUUUAAGUGUUUUAUCCCGUUUUACUGCAACUAUGGAACCCAAACAAGUAGAUUUUUGUGUUAUUAAACAAAAAAUAAUAAAAACUGACGAGGUACUUCAAAUGUAUUUGGAAAACAACAAUAAACUGAAGAAAACCAUACAAGUUAUCAAAGAACUGAAGUGUAAAUAUGACCGUUCACAACUAGAAAAUGAAAGAUGCACAUUUUCCCUGAAAACUUUAAAAACAAAACACAUGCAGUUGGAAACACAAUGUGAAGAAUUAAUCAACCACCAAGCAAGUCUAGAACAAAAAUAUAGUCAGACUCUAGUUGAUUCUCACAGCCACAUUAAAAGUUUAGAAGAUGAAUUGCAAAUGCUUAAGGAAUUGAGCCAAGCUUCAGAUAGUCUUUCUCCAAAGAAGAGUUCUACAACAGAACUUGCUUCAAAGAAGUUGGAAGAAUUAGAGCAGCAAUUGGCCACAUACAAAGAGACUGAGAAUGAACUUAAAAAAGAGUAUAAUAAUCUAACCAAAGAAAAUAUGAAUUUAAAAUUUCAGUUGGACAAAAAAAAUGAAGAAAAAAUGAGAGCUCUAAAUAUGUUGGAGAAAGAAAAGGCUAAAGUAGUUCAAGAUUUACAUUGUGAAAUGGAUAAUAAAAUUAAAUUACAUGGUCAGCUAUGCCACCAAAAAGAUAAAGAAAUACACGAACUGAAAUUAUCUUUGUCCGAUACAAAUUCUUUAAAAAAACGAGUAAUUUUUCUUGAGGCAGAAAAUGAAAGGUUAAAAAAAGCCAAUUUUAUUAAAGAACAGUCUUUAAUUGAAGCAAAAACAAAUAAGAAACAUAUCAGAAAGAUGAAGACUGUGUGUGUACAAACAGAUGCAAGUUUCUUUCAGAAGGACAUAGAAGAAUACUCGUCUGAACCAGAUGAUUAUGUAACUGAUAUAUUACGUUAUUAUCAUAUACCAAUGCCUUUGUCACCUUGUCGAUCACCUUCACCUACAAAGUUUAUAAAAAAUAUUCCCAAAAUUACCCUCAGUGAUAUACCGGAUAUUAUUGUUACACCAUCUACGCCACUUGCAGAAAUUGUUAAUACAUUUCCUAAAAAUAUUAACAAUCCAGUAGAUAUUGUCACACAAAAUAAUAUUGAUAAAGAACCACCCAUUAUAAAAUCUAUUCCUAAUGAUGAUAUGACAAAUGUUUCCUGUGGCAAUAAAAUUAAAAAUCUACCUACAACACCAGUUAAUAAUAUAAUGAAAAAAAAUCUAAAACGAACAGUACUUUUAAAGAAUCGAAAAAUCCUGAAAAAAAGGCUGCCAGUGAAGAAAAAAUUAAAAAUCAAAACUCAAGAUAAUAUCCUCAGAGCUUUGCAAAUCCUCAACAAAUCAAAAAUAAACUUUACUAUUUCUAAUGAAAAACAUUUUCCAAUACAUUGUAACACACUGAAAAAAUGCUCUGAGAUUCAACCAAAUAUUGCAGAACAUCAAAUUAAUGUGAUACCCCAAGUUGAAGGUUUGGCAUGUAAUUCACAAAAUUGCAAUGAAAUGUACAUGCUAUUAAAUGAAUCGAAUGAAGGUCUCUUAGGUUUCUUCAAUAAGAAAAAAGAAAAUCCCACAACUUCACCUAACAUCGAUACAAGACUUGAUUCUAAACAAGACCCUAUAAUGUGGUUACAAAAUAAAUUAAAGCAGGAAAUUACACCAGACAAUGUCUUGGAUAAGCUCGCUGAGUUAGUCUGUGAAAAAAUUAAAAAUACAACCAAAAGACCAAAUACAUUCAGAAUAGAUAGUUCAGGGUAUAUAUCUGAAACUGAAGGUGAAUUGGAACACCUGUUUGAAAAACCCAGUAAUGAUACUCUUGCAGUUAAUGCAUUACUGAUGAAGAAACUGAGAGAAGAAUGUUUAAUACGAGAAAACAAAACUCAUAUGGGAUCAGAAGUUUCAUCAGAAAUAUCCUUACCUAGCUAUCUAAACGACCACAGUCAAACAAGUUCUAUUGCUGGAUCAUCUAAACUAUAUCAUUCUGAAAAUGAUGUUAUGUCAACAAAUUCUCUUUCUAGAGCAGAAUCAAAUCACUCAAAUUCUGAAUGCAAUAGAGUUAUAGGUGUCAGCAAUACAGAUGCUACCUCUCCAAUUAUUAAAUUAGAAGAUAUUCCUCAUUUUGUGGAAGAAAGGCCAAACCAAGUUAACACGUCUGUAGAAGAUGGUGCCUUAAUUGAUUGCCCUGAUGCAGAAGUCGCUGACAACGAUGUAAAAGAUUGUUGUGAAAUUAAUAAUGCCAUUUGUGAUAAUACAACAUCUGUAGAAGAUGUUUCAUUGAUUGAUUGGCAAGACAGUUCAACUAGUCAAGAAAAGGAUGUCAAAGAUUUUUGUGCAAUUGAUAACGUCAUUGAUAUACCUAUAAAGCUGUGUGAUAAUACCUCUUUGGAAAAACAAAUUUCUAUAAAACAUUGUCAGUCAACUUGUCCAUCUUCUCCCAUCUCUAAUUUUUCUACUAAUAAUCCAGACAGUAUUGGUUUGUCAUUGGGUGCUAAUACUCAAGUGACUGUGAAACAAGAAAAUGUUGAAUUCCCACAAGAAAUAAAAUGUGAAUUGGAUGUCGUUAAUGAAAGAAAAAUCAAUAUUUUGAAUGUAGAGAUUUAUAAAAAUUUCGUAAAACAAGAAAAUGCGGAUAAAGACGGCCUUUCUUUAACCAAUACCAAAAUAUAUGAAGAUAUUAAAGGCGUUAAAGUAUUUAAUUUGGAUUCCAUUAAAAAUUAUGUAGAACAAGUUGAAGCAAUAAAAAGUGAAGAAAAAACUGAUCCCAUUACUGAAAUUGCAGAUAAUUCAUCUUCAGAUAAUGGAAAAUAUAAUGAUAAUGACACUUCUGAAUGUACCAGUAAUCAUGCUGUUAAUUCUCCCAAUUUUGAUCCAAUUAAUUAUAAUUUUUCACCAAUUCUGGCCACGCAGCGAUCUCCACCAACUUUUUUGACACCCAGUCCCAAGUUAGUUGAAGAUAGUUUGAGUCUAGCUGCAAUAUCCAGGAUAUCUACGGCGCCAUCUGCUAUAAGUCCUUUAAGCGAUUGUUCUAUAAUUUCUGAAGAUUGUAAAAGAAGUAAAUUAAAAAAAUCGACCGAUCGAAAUAAAAAUGAUGUUGCUAAUAAAACAAGAGAUGUCAAAUAUUUAAUUAAUAGUAAAUUUAAAGCAUUAUGUAGAGACAAAAAAGAGAAUGAUUCAAAUGAAACGGGGGUUAAACCUAUUAAUGAUCUUGCUAAAAUUAUUUCUCCUAGAUGUACCAGAUUAAAUACAAACAAUUCUAUAAAUUCUCCCACAAAAAAUAGACUGUCUGUCUCUGAAGAAGAAUCUACUACUAUAUCAAUAUUUUCAAAUGCAGACAAUUGCAUUAACAGCCUUUUGAGAGACGAAAAUAUAUUGACUGAAGAAGUUGAUUCGUUUUUAAAUAUUUUCCAAUCUAAUAAGAGUUUCAGUGAGUUAAAUCAAUCGUUUGCCAAUAGUACAUUAGAUUCGAAAAUACCUAGACAGCUGUCAUUCACUAAGUUUGAGAAAUCUUCACUAAAUCUUACUGAUAUAUCAAAUAAAACAACAGUAAGUGACAACUCAAUGAAAACAGAAGAUAUGGAUAUUAAACCUGAAUGUCCAAUGUCUCCUGAACCAAUUAGCAAGGAAGCAGGUCAAGUUGGGUAUAUAUCUAACUUAAUAAAAACAGAAGAUAUGGGUAUUAAAGCUGAAUGUCCAUUGUCUCCUGAACCAAUUAGCAAGAAAGAAUGGCAGGUUCAGCAUGCACCUAAAAUCAUACCAUUAGAAAGAGUUGAGGAAACAGAUACUAGUUAUACAAAAAUAUCAGAAGACGCACAAAAAGUUCAUUUAACUCAACAAAUUAUAGACGUUCUAAAAGAAACCUCAGGUAGUCAACCUUUACCAAUAACUAAGAGGAAAAUAGGCAGACCUAGAAAAAUUAAUCCUAGCUUAGAAGCAUCAAAACCAACUCCCUUGCAAAAGCCAACAAAAACGCGCUUAUGUAAAUUAAAGGUAUGUGAUAGUGAUGAGGAGAUUAGCGAAUUUACAACUCUACCAGCAAGCUUCAGUAAAGAAGUAUCCAAUUUAAAAUCUGAAAAUAAAAGGCGAAUUAGCGAGACAAGUGAUGAUACUUCCGACUCUGGCGUAUUAGAUAAAGAAUUUAUUCCUAAAAAGGCGACAAAAAGGAUACCCAGGAAGGUAAGAAAAAAGUCUACUGCAGGGUCUGAUAGUCCUAACGAAUUUCUACCUUCUGAGGAAUUAGUUUCUAAAAUAGUAGAAGAUGUAAAAGCAGAAGAAACCUUAAAUUCAGAUGAUGAAGAAAAAGAUAGUUGCUCUAGGAAAAAUAAAAUAGAAUGUAAUCCCAAUCAGGCUGUACCCGUAAAAAGGGGACGAGGUAGACCAAGGAAGUAUCCAAAGGAAGAUAUAAAAAAUGAUAAGAAUGAAACAAGGGCCAAAGAAGAAGAUUGUAAUCAAUUAACUGACACUGGUUGUAAUAAGAAGUUGAGUGAACAAGAAGACUUAUCAUUAGAAUUUGAGGUAUUACCGAAGCCUCAUAAACCAAUGAAGAAAAUUACCAAACUUCAAUCGAAAAUAAUGAAACAAAUGAAGGAAAAGCAGAAAAUGUUUCAGAAGCAACCUGCUUGUAACGUUUUAGAUGAUUCUAGUGUUGGCUGUGAUGAUAGGAUUAAGGAAAACCUGAUUGAAACUGAAAGUUUAAGUCAAAUUAAUAAUAAGAAUACUAAUUUAAGUAGGAAGAUAAGUAAUAUACAGAAUGAGGACUCUGAUAAACCAGAGGGUUCAAUUUCUGUUUCCGGUUUAAAUGUACAAUCCGAUCCGGGAAAUGUUAAUUUAAAUCCAAACAAUGUACAGUUAAAUGCAAAUUUUCGGAAAAAGAAGUUAACUAAAAACAAAAAUAAAAGCGACCUCUUGUCUCUAAUAAUAAAAGAUAUGGAUAGGAUUAAGCCACAAAUGAAACGUACUGUGAUAAAAAGGGAAGUGCCUGAGGGAAUAGGCGAAAAGCAGUGGAGGAAGAAUGUGUUGGAAAUAGCUGAAAUUGUACAUGAUAAGAAGAACAUUGAUAUGAAAGAUAUUUAUGGGAUGGAACCUUAUAUGAGACACCGUAAUGGGAUUUUGGUUAAUGGUUCCAAGGUACCUGCCAAAAUAACAGUUCUUUUAAAAAAAGUAUUAGCGAUACCAAAUGAAGAUGAUAUUCCAGAAAGUAUUUUGUUGGAAUUUAAACGAUUUCCAAUCAAUGAGAUAAUAGACAUAAUACUUUAUCAGAUAUCGAGGGAUAUUAUUGACAAACCCGAUAGAAAAUAUGAUCCAGCGCCUCUUAUGACCAGGACGCAGAGAAUAUUUUUAGGUCUUUUGGUCAGACUCGAAAAGGAGAAAGGUUUUGAGAAUAUAUUGGAAACUUUCUUCUUUAGAACGCAGGAAUAUAUGUUUAAAAGAGGUUGUAGCUUACAAGCCGCUAUUCCUUUGACAAGAUUAUUCUUGAGUUUGUGUCGAUUGCAUGCCAACAUAAAUCGUAUGAGAACAUUUUGCUGUGAAGCUUUCUUCCAUGCCGGAGACCUAGCAAUUCCUAUUUUCUUUACCGUUUUGACAUCGUGGAUUGACGUUAUGCCUUUAGAAGUCGACAUCAAAACUUAUCCAUUGGCCAAAGUUUUAUUCCAGCUGGUACAUUUGAAAACGUGUAAAAAACCAGGUUACAAUCUGUUUCCUUUAAAAUGUCUCUUAAGUCAAUAUCAUGGUUAUCAAACAGAGAGAUGGGAUUGUGAUGCAAUCUUUGAUGAACUUAGUCAAGAAUAUUUAAGUAACCCGUGCUUGGCUUCUGAUUACGCGAUACGCCUAUUCUGCAAGAAUAAAGAUACCAAAUUUGUAUACAAGAAACUCAACGAGUUUUUCAAACCUCUGAUAUACAAAAUUCCAUCGGAGAAUGUUAAUUUCAAAUCGGCCACCAUUAUAUUAAUGGGUAAGAUUUGCAGACAGUUUAAGGUUAAGAAUGAACAUGAUCGGAAGUGUUUGAUGGAGUUGAAGAGAUGGUUUGAAGGUUUAUUAGAAGAUAAUCCUGCAGAUCUUAUAAAACAAAGCAUCAAUAUAACGAUAGAACAUUUGCCGAGUAAGAGGAAGCGGCCUAAUAACCACUAUUUCGAUGUAAAAACCUCAAACGCUGAUACUAGUGCAAAUGAAAGAACUUUUUAA